GGACUUCCUGCAUUGCGUCCUGUCUUUGGUUUAACUUCCCAUGGGUUGGUAUUUGGAGGAUUCUGAGCUUUAGGAUCGCCAAAUUAUACUCAAGUUAAGAGAGAGAGCCGGCGCAGGAUGAAGGCCAAGAAGACCGUAGGCAGCAGCGGUAGCUGUGUCCGGGCCCCUGCGUUGUCAACAGAGCCGAUGGCGGCUGUGAAGCACCUGGCUCAGGGCUGUGUAACCAUUGAGGACGUGACUGUUUACUUCUCCCAGGAAGAGUGGAAGCUCCUGGAUGAAGCUCAGAGGCUACUGUAUCUUGAUGUGAUGCUGGAGAAUUUUACCCUUAUAUCCUCACUGGUUUAUCGGUAUGAAGCAGAGGCUGAAGAAAAAACCUGUGCACAGAGUCUUUCACAAACUGAAGCACCACAAGUCAGGACUCCGAAGCAAGGUCAACUCAGGCAGAAGCCUCAUCCCUCUGACAUCUGUAUCACCGUCCUGAAAGAUAUCUUGCAUCUGAACGACCUACCUGGGCAAAAGCCGUAUUUGACCGAAGUGUGUACAAAGCCCCAGGACCAUAAGCAUCACAGAGCCAAGAAUUGGUUAAAGAGAGACGUGGACUCCCUUGUGAAGAGCUGUAUAUUCCAUGUGGCAGGGAACCCUUUCAUCUGUAGUAAGAUUGGAGAGAAAUUCCCAGCUAUAUGGAAUCUUCUCCAACCCAAGGACAUCCCCAACGGUGAGAAACAAAAUAAAAUUAAGCGUGGAAAGGCUUUUCACAGGGAUAAAAAUAAUUCUGAAUCAGAUGAAUAUAAGAAAUCUUCCAGCCCCCAACACAGGCUUCAUGAAUACCCAGGAGUUUGCAGUGCAAAGGGGGGUUUUGAAUCUAACAGUUGUGAGCAAGACUUAAACAAGUACUCACCUGCACCAUUCCGGAUGGACCAGACUGAAAACCGACCAUAUGAGUGUCAUGUCUGUGGAAAAUGGUUUGGCCAGAAAGCCACACUUAGAAUACACCAGAGACGUCAUACCGGAGAAAAACCAUAUAAGUGUGGUGAAUGUGGAAAGUCUUUUUGUCAAAGCUCUAACCUAAGUGAACACUGCAGAGUUCAUAGUGGAGAAAGACCUUUUGAGUGUCUGGAAUGUGGGAAAGCCUUUGGGUGCCAUUCUAGUCUUCUGCGGCACCAGAGAACACACACUGGAGAAUGGCCAUAUGAAUGCAGUGACUGUGGGAGACUGUUUAGACAGAUUGUCAGCCUGAUUACACACCAGAGGACUCACACUACCGAGAAGCCUUAUGAAUGUGGACAGUGUGAGAAGUCUUUUAGUCACAAAGCCACUCUUACUGUACAUCAGAGAGUUCACACUGGGGAAAAGCCCUAUCACUGUGAAGCCUGUGGGAAAUCCUUCAGCCAAAGUGCCAACCUUAUUAAACACUCCAAAAUUCACACUGGAGAAAAGCCUUAUGAGUGUGGAGAAUGCGGUCUAUGCUUUCGCCAGAGAGCUACCCUCAUGAAACACCAGAGAACCCACACGUCAGAAAGGCCUUAUGAAUGUAGAGAAUGUGGUAAGUUCUUUAAACAAUACUUCUACCUCAUUGAACACCGUAGGAUUCACACCACAACAGAAUUUUAUGAGUGUGAACAGUGCGGGAAGUCUUAUACCCAAAAAGCCACCCUUAUCAGACACCAACGAGUCCACACAGGAGAGAGUCCUUAUAAAUGUGAGGAGUGUGGAAAAGCCUUUGAAUACAAAUCCAGACUUAAGCGACAUCAAAGAACGCACACUGGUGAAAGGCCUUAUGAGUGUGCCAAAUGUGGGAAAUUCUUCAGAGAAAGCUACAAUCUUGCUGAACACCAGAAAAUUCACACUAAAGCAAAGCCUUACCAUUGUGAUCAGUGUGGGAAGUGUUUUAGCCGGAGAGCUGACUUGGUUAAACACCAGAGAGUUCACACUGGUGAAAGACCUUAUACUUGUGGUGAAUGUGGGAAGACCUUCAGCCGAACUACCAACCUUGUUCAACACAGAAGAAUUCACACUGGGGAACGGCCAUACGAGUGUGACCAGUGUGGGAAAUCUUUUAGCCAGGUGUCUACCCUCACUCGACAUCAGCUACUUCACACUGGAGAAAAACCGUAUAAGUGUAGCAAAUGAAGGAAAGUCUAGACAGCCCUCUAGCAUCUUCUAACACCAAAAGAUAGACCAUCACAGCUCCCGGAAGCCAACCCUUGAAAGCACCCUCAGGCCUCCAAGGAUAUUACAUUGUUCACUGUAACAAACUAGAGAGCCUCAUAGAGUUCUAGGUCAUGUAAUUUGUACCAGAGCUAGCCUGCAUGUUCUGGACAGUCUGUACCCCUUGCCAGAGUUAAAGAGCUGUCAUAAUGUCUCAUAGACACUGUCUCUUCUCUAGCACCUUGCACUGAGUGCAUAUGCACCACCACCACCCCACCCCACCCUUGCAACAUGCCGUACUCUCCCCUUCCCUAAUAGAAGCCUCAACUUCCUGUGCCUUGCAAAUGACCUUGAUCCCUUUUUCUCACUGGAUAUUUCUGGGUCUGUAUUUUGCCUAAAGGAACAUGGUCUGGGAUGAGUGGGAGGCUCCAGCAAGGAUUAUCUUCUCAAGUCUGUCUCACAUGAUUCGUGUGACUGUUUACAUACUCCAAAUCACUAGCCAGGAACUUCCUGUCAGGAUGUGCAAUAAUAAAAGACCUUAUUUUUUUUUCCCCCAUGUACUUUUAAUCAAGAGUUUCUAUUCACAGACUUAGGCAGCCAAAAUACUAUGAUAGGUCCUGUUUUUGUUUUGUUUAAUUAUUUUUAUUUACAUUCAAGCCGUUGCCUUCCAUCACCUCUCCCUCAAGUCUUCAUCCCCCUCCUUUUUCUCCUUGCCUUCAAGAGGGUGCCCCUGCCACCAGGCCUCCCCCUUCCCUGGUGCCUCAAGUCUCUCAAGGCGUAUCUUCUCCCACUGAGGCCAGACCACGCAGUCCUCUGAUAUAUAUGUGCUAGGGGUUGCCUGUUUGGUAGGCUCUGUUUAUAUAGAAAUUGUAACAGUGUUUGGGUUUUUUAUUUAAUAUUUAUUUAUUGAAUGUACAUGUGUGCUCUGUCUUCAUGCACACCAGAAGAGGGAAUCAAUUCUGAGCCAUCAUGUGGUUGCUGGAAUUGAACUCAGGCCCUCCAGAAGAUCAGCCAGUGCUCUUAACAUCUGAGCCAUCUCUCCUUCCCUGGAACAGGUCUUGAGGCUGCACCAUUCAUGCCUCAGCAUGGGUAAUGGGAAAGAGUAGCUCUCGUUUAUGUUGCUUUCCAAAACCUUUAGUGGAACAAAGCAGGGUGUUCAGUCCUAGCUUUGUGCUUUUUUUGUUUGUUGUUGGGAGGAAGGUGUUUUGUUUUUAGACUACCCUGAGGUCACUUGUUGGAACUGCAACAUUCAGUGCUCUUAGAAUAGCUUUAACUUAUCCCAUCAUUCCCACAUGGUCUGACCUGAUUAUGCCCAAGAUUGUCGAAGAGAAACUUUUCUAUGAGGUUCAUAGACACCAAGUCCAUAAUUCCAAAUGUCACUUGAAAAAUUAGGAGAACCAAAUAGGAACAAUAACGGGUAGAUUAAUACAAGCUUUAAGGGUCGGAGAGGUGGCUCAGCAGUUAAGAGCACCCGACUACUCUUCCAGAGGUCCUGAGUUCAAUUCCCAGCAACCACAUGGUGGCUCACAACCAUCUGUAAAGAGAUCCGAUGUCCUCUUCUGUUGUAUCUGAAGACAGCUCAGUGUACUUAUUUAUAAUAAAUGAAUAAAUCUUUUUUAAAAAAUACAGGUUUUGAUAAUUGAAAGGUGGGGUUUUAUAUGAGAACAUUACCUGGGGAUUGAUUACUCUAGAGACCACAGAUAUUGCAUUCUGGAAAAUAAUUUGCCUGUAUCUUGUGUCCUGAAAUCUUAACUGAGUCUGAAUUCAUGCUGUAACUUAUAGCCAGAUUUACAGUGAGCAACAUCAGCAAAACGCCAAUCAGAAAGAUUCAAAAGCAGGCAGUUUUGCCAGGAACAGAAUGUAUUGGGAGAUACAAAGAAGCCAUAGUUACUAAUGGGAUCACACUGUUAAAAGAAACUAAGUACUUUGUACUAGGGGUGUAGAAAAAUAAUAAAGAUACCUUGAUGGCUCAGCUUCUCUUCCAGAGAUCCUGAGUUCCAUUCCCAGGAACUGCAUGGUGGCUCACAAGCAUUUAUUAAGGAAUCUGAUGCCCUCUUCUGGUAUGUAGGUGUAUGUGCAGAUAGCACUCACUUAUAAAUAAAUAAAUAAAUAAAUAAAUAAAUAAUUUUUAAUUUGUUUUAAAAA